AUGGCCGCAGUCACGUCCCUCGGCGUUCACACCCCGGUGGCUUUGCCGUACCUCAUCGCAGAGGGCAUCUUACCCAAGGAUCCCACCCCCAACCUUUACCAGUGGGAGACGUACGUGAUCGAGGAUGAAGAUGUCCAAUCAGAAGAAGAAUUGCUCGCCACCAAGGAUGCCGUUGUCUGGUCUCAAGGCAAAUUCAUUCGCAAUGUCUACAGAUUCCACCUCGAAGGCCAGGACGUGAUUCAGGCCGUCUUGACCAAAUUCCCUGCUUCUUCCUCCAUACCACAGGAUCAAUCUUCACCCAAGACUCAGCAUGCUCGGCGUGCUUCACAUCAAGUUUCCCGUAACUUGCGACAGGAAGUACACUCUCUCAAAGACAGCAACCAUCAAACACAUUCAUCUCCACCUUCAAGUCCACACUUGGCAAGAGCUCUGGUUGUCUUUUUGAAGACUAAAGCUCAUAUUUACUUCCUUCAAGGCGGCCAUCACAUUGUUGACCUGCCAUUUGAGAUUGAGCGCGCAUUCCCUGCCCCUCGAGGCCUGCUUCUACAACGAAAGAGAACGUCCCCAAAUUCUCUGCCGCCAACACCCCGGCUGCCAGCAGCGCCGCCGAACUCGUUCUUUUCAUCUCAGACAAAUGCUCGCAUGACCACCUCUUACCUGAGUUCGCCGACGUUGCUGAAAAGUUUUGCUGUCACACGCCCAAUCCAACCAAGCCCUCUCGGCGGCGACUCGAAGCUGGAAGCUCUCUUUCAAACUCUCACCGUACCGCCAGGUAAUCGCGGAGACGACGAUGUUACGAACUUGUACUCUCUCAGCGGGCCCUUGUCGGACUUGGGAGUUGUGACCACCUCGCUCCAGCAUCAAAAACCUAAAGCGUCUGGGCGAGCAGGCGGUCUCAACGUCGAAUUCGAGGGCCUUGAUCCUGCGGAAAAGAUCGUCUACUUCUCUUCCGAGGAUGAACUUAGCCGGUCCCCCUCCGAGACAGGAUCCUUGAUCCUACUCGUGACUUUGAACAUGGACAUCCACACUGUGACACUCUGGCAUGCAUGGUACAUCAACGAGAAAUCCCUCCGAGACCUUCUCAAGCAACGAGCGGACCAAAAGUCUGCAAAGGCUAGGCGGAGAAGCUCGUUCGUAAGCACUGCUCCCACGGGAUCAGCAACACCAGGUGUACGACGUCGGGACGGAACGCGAGAAAGCUUUGCAGGCGCAGGUACGCUGCACCUCCCCGGCGAAUCAAUAGGAUCUCAAGGUAACGUAACCGCACGAAAGCCCACUCGACAGGAAGAAGAGGAAGUCAUGGCUUCCCAGAUGGAUCCCGACUAUUUGCCAGCGGGAGCGCAGCCUCCUGUAAGGGAGAAUCGAAGGAUCAGCUCAAUGAACAUAGAUGUUCGGGCCAGUCAAAUGACCGUCAAUGCUAGUUUCGGCGGUACAGGAGGCCGGCGCGCUACGUCCUUUGGUGGACCAGCCGAGCGCCGAUCAAUCAGUCGCAGGAAAAGUCGAGGGUCUACCCCGGGAAGCGCAUACGGUCGGAGCAUCGGAGGGGAGGACGAUUCCAUGGAUCUGGACAGCACCAUCGAGCUCGACGACGAAGAAAGCACCGAUGGCAUCUUGCGACACAUUAGAGCAACAUUCGAAGCCUCUGGUGCAGAUGGUCUAUUCGGCAGCUCUGAUGAGGGAUUCAAGCGCGAGCUGGUGGUCAGGAAGAUCUGCUCAUACCCCGUCGGUUCUUUGGCGUCCUCGCGCGGAUCAGGCACCAAUCAUGUUCGUCCGCCCAAGAUCGUCACGCUCUCGGAACCGGCGACGAUACAUGGAGCUAGCGAUCCCAGGAUCAAGAUAUACCUCCAAGACCCCCAGAGCAGCGAGGUCCAGAUUUUGACACUCAAGAUCAAGCUACGACGCCUAUGGCCGGAACUAAAGGACUCGCAGAAUGUCCAAAUACCAUUGUUGACCGGGGAGUCGCGGCUUGAGCGCUGCGGAGACAUUUGUCAGUUGCAAGACGGUAAAAUGCGAGCGGUGGUGCUUGACGAUCGCGGACUGCAGAUCUGUCUGGACGACCAAGACCUAUGCCCUCUCCCGACUGCGGCACCAUAUCGAGCGCACGACCCUCUCCCUCUACUAUCCGUGUCGAGUAAUGUGGACCAUGAUGUUGGCAGGAAUCGAUUGUUGGACCCUCCAAUGGGCUUGUCUAUGCAGCACACCGGACCUAGAGGUCGCUUUGAUUACGUUGGACCAGACGGUACUCACCAUCGCAGAGAAGUGCAGCUGAGACCCUCAAAUAUCCUCGUCGACGAAACGCUUUCCCUGUGCGAGAUCAUCCUACCAAGAUAUCAAGCCAGAGCCGUCCGCAAGACUUGGUGCAAAGCGCACGCGUGGCUUCGAUCCCAUCCAGAGAGCCAGGUAUCCACCGCGGAAGACGCCGAAUCUGUUGCGUUUGCUGCAACGAUUUUCACAUUCGUAGUGGGUCUGAUCGAUGCCAAAGCUCGGGCUGCCCUGAGCAUUUCCAAAGUGGCCGCUGGGAAACAGACCCAGCGUUCGCGGAGCAGGCAGCACCAGGAGCAGCGACAGAGUCGUAUAUUUGGGACAAAUACCUGGUCUUGGAUGCCACAACAGCGAGCUUCGGUCCAGCGAUCGCCCAGGGGCGAUGACAGAAGAAAGGAUCAGUUGCUGAUGAUUGCGGCAGCUCUCGCAGACGAUCUUGUGGGAGCAGAAGAACGCAAGCAGUCUCCAUCUACUGGAGCUCUGUCAGCUGUGAAGCUAAUGCUUGCUCUACACAUUUUCCGCGAGGAGAAGAAGCUGUGCGCAUUGUCAAUUGAAACCGAGCUUCUAGCACCAAUCAUUGCCCAACUAGGUUCCUGGCUCGGAUUGGACGAGUGGGGUCACAGAAAAGGUACAUACUACGAGCUCGAGGGAGCUGGCGAGACGAGGUGGGCAUACCUGAAAUCCCAAUCAGUAUAUCCACCCAAGAUGGGAUUCCUUGAGCAACCCAUUGGCGUGUUCGAAUGGUUCGAGAGUGUGCUGAAGGCAGGCGAAGGCGGGAAUGCCCCAGAGUAUCCCCAACUCGUAGCCGUGGCCCAAAUCGGUUCAGACGCCCAUGUACCAAAGACCAUCAAAGUGGUUGCAAAGGCGAUGACACCUCGGAUUGCUGCCCUUUCCGACGUACUGGCUGCUACAAACGGCUUGACUACUGCGCCGACGGAGACGGUGGAGAAACUUGCUCAGUCUAAUCUAUCUGUUGAGACUCUGGAUACAUUUCCCGAGUCCAUCGCUGCGCCGUUCAAAGAGGUCAUUGCACGCUGCGAGAAGCAACCGCCAACGACGUGGUCGAAAAACCUGCUGCGGCUUGUUGGUCGAGAAGAUUUGAUCAUUGGAACUCGCAGUGCUGGACUUGGGGAUCCACCUUUGCGGUCCGGCCGCCGUGCUCGCGACAUGCAAACGGCCAGCAAUGCAUUGGACCACACUCUCAUCACAUUGAAGACGAAAGAGGCCGACCGACAUUCCAUCUCUCAGCUCAUAUUUAGCGAGGACCGAAGAAUGGUUGACGCCACCAUCAUGAUGCAUUUCAGCAUGGUGCAGAUAGGGCAAUGCAUCCGACAGCCUGAUUGGGAUGAGCAGACACACUUUGAGCAGCAACGACGGGUCAUGCAGUGGGUGAGCGUUCGCAUGAUUGCUCUCCCUGCUGGUGAUGGCAUGCUUCAUUACGACAGCCAGACGCCACUGCUGACGGAGAAGUAUCAUCUACCAGGCUUCACCACAUCAUGUCUCAUGCAGCCCAUGAACCACCAUCUCACCAUUGAUCGCACCGGCUUGACAGAGGAGAAGGUCAACUGGGCCUAUUUCCAUGCCGGUGUAUCUUCCGGCCUACGUAUCUCGCGGAACGUAACCGGGAUCGACACAUCUUGGAUCGCAUUCAACAAGCCCGCAGAGUUGACCAAUCGUCACGCGGGGCUUCUGCUCGCUCUUGGACUGGGUGGGCAUCUCCGGAACAUGGCCAAGUGGCUCUCCUUCAAGUAUCUCACGCCAAAGCAUACGAUGACCUCAGUCGGGCUACUGCUCGGUCUUUCAGCGUCGUACAUUGGCAGCAUGGAUGGACUAAUCACCCGUAUGUUGUCUGUACACAUUACCAGAAUGUUGCCCGCUGGAGCUGCGGAGCUGAAUGUCUCUCCCGCGACGCAGACUGCUGGUUUGAUGGGAAUUGGCUUGCUAUACUACAGCACCCAGCAUCGGCGCAUGAGCGAAAUCAUGCUCUCCGAGUUGGAAUACAUGGAAGUCGAGGACCCAGACAGCGGCCCAGACCAACUUCGAGAUGAGUCCUACCGCCUUGCGGCAGGAUACGCCCUUGGCUUGAUUAAUCUUGCCAAAGGCAAGGACCUGCGUGGUCUUCACGGCAUGCAGCUUCCCGAGCGCCUCCUCGCAGUAGCAGUCGGCCCUCGUCCCAUUGAUGCGGUCCACGUAUUCGACCGUGCCACCGCCGGCGCAGUCAUAGCCCUCGCUCUGGUAUACRUGAAGACCAACGACAAAUCCAUCGCUCGCAAGAUCGAUAUCCCAGACACCGAAGCGCAGUUCGAUCACGUUCGACCCGACGUCUUACUUCUCCGCGCCAUGGCCAAACACAUUGUUCUUUGGGAUGGCAUUGUUGCUCGUGGUCCAGACGAAAACUCAUCAUCGCAAGGCUGGAUCCAAGACAACCUACCAGCAUGUUAUCGCAAGCGGUCCAAAGCCAUCAUGGAUCAAAUGGCUCGCAAACGCACCAUUGACAGUGCGCAUAUACCUCUCUUCAAUGUCUUCACUGGUCUCGCAUGGGCAUUGGCAUUGAAGUACGCCGGAUCUGGGUCACUUGUCGCCAGAGAUGAGAUAUUGGAAGUCCUCAAGUUCUUCCACGCCCUUAAUCAAGGCGCGGAGGCUUUCUACUUCGAUGCGAAACUCGGCCGAGCAAGUCUCCGGCGCUGUAUGGACGUUUUGGCCCUCUGCGCGGCUAUUGUAAUGGCAGGUACAGGCGAUCUAGAGACGUUUCGCUUUUUGCGUCGUAUGCAUGGGCGUACGGACGCUGAUACCCUGUAUGGCUCUCAUUUCGCCGCCCACUUGGCCAUUGGCGCACUUUUCCUGGCAGGCGGUACCAUGACAUUUGGGACCAGUGACCUUGCGGUUGCCAGUCUGAUGAUAGCUUUCUACCCCCUCUUCCCAACGGAUGUCCAUGACAAUCGCGUGCAUUUGCAGGCUUUCAGGCAUCUGUGGGUAUUCGCCGCCGAGGGGAGAUGUCUGGUCGUGGAGGAUGUCGAUACUCAGAGACCUGUUCAGGUGGAGAUCCUGCUUGCGAUGAAAGAUGGCAGUCAACGGAGAAUGCGAGCGCCUUGUAUUCUACCAGACCUGGAAACCAUCAAGAAUGUACGGCUAGAUGAUGGGCGAUACUGGCCCGUCACGCUAGAUUUCGAGGGCAAUGCUGCGCAUGUCGAGGCGUUCCGACGCGAUCCAAGAGUUGUGGUUAGGCGAUGUCCCGCCAAGGAGGCGCACUCUGGAGUGGUGAGUGCGAGUCUUGCAGCGUUGAAUGCGCCAGUCACCCCGGGUGUGUCGUGGCAUUCGCUGUUCAAGCUCAGAGCACUGGAAGGACUCGACCGGGGUGAUGUGGAGAGCUUGUUGCCUGCCGAAGUGCACAGUCGGGUAUAUGUUGAUGGAAAUGUUACGGGUGUAGGGGAGAGGUUGGCGUUGCAGAGGAUCGCCAAGGAGGGCAGACGGACUGAUGAGCUGUGGAACCUGAGGCUGUUGUUCGCGUGGGCUGAAAGAGAGAGGAUCCGGCAGGGAGAUGGGAAGCUGAGGUGGAUUGGAGAGGAGGUAGUGGAGGGUCUCAGGAGAAUCAUUGCAGAAAGAGGGUCGCAUUAG